AGUGCCGGCCCCCCGAGCCCAACCGAACCGAGCUGCGCCGGGGGCAGCGAGCAGCAGGGCCGGGCCCCUUUGAGGUGAUGUGGUCCUUCAUUCCAGUAGAGAAAUUCAUCAUUUGAAGUUAUGUGCUUGACCUGGAAGAACCACGUCGCUGGCACCUUGGGGACCCUGUGAGCUGGAACGGGAGAAGAGCCCUCCGGCAGAUGGAAUGGGGCAGCCAUGAACGGCGAUGCCCUGUGCCAGGAGCCCUCCUCCCCACUCCCCGACUGGAGGGAGUUCUGUGAGCUGCACGCCCAGGCAGCCGCCGUCGACUUCGCCCAAAAGUUCUGCCAAUUCCUGAAGGAAAACCCCCACUACGACACCCCCGGGGCAGAGACUUCCUUUUCCCACCAUUUCGCCGCCAACUUCUUGGAUAUCUUCAGCCUGGAGGUCAGCAGGGUUUUCGUCUCCGACUCCCCCACCAAGUACAACAUCGUCCCCUUCGUGGGCUUGCAGAACUGCCACGUCCCUUACGGGCGGGAGGUCACCCCGAGGAAGGAGGAGACUUCCACGGAAUCCUUGGAUAGCAUGGACACCCCGUUGGGUGCCGGGCGGUACCUGAGCCCGGUGCAGCAGGUCCAGGCCCGUAAAGUCUCUUCCUACGGCCAAUCCCGCAGCUCGGAGGACGUCUCCGUCCAUGCUGCCACCAAACCCAAGUUCAAGAAAGGUUUUUCCUUGAGGAACAUGAGUUUGUGCGUGGUGGAUGGCAUGAAGGAGAUGUGGCACCGCAAGGCCUCUCCGGAACCGGGAACCGAAGCUGCCCCGGCUGGCCGGAGAGCUGAGAGGGACCCGUGGCCAGCUGGGAGCAAAGAGCCCGGAGACCCCCGGGAGAAAUGGACCCACAAGCUACGUCUGUCCAAGGUGCCCUCCUCCAAGGUGGAGCUGGUGGACAUCCAGAGGGAAGGGACCCUGCGUUACAUGGUGGCCGAUGACACGAACUGUGUGGGGAGCUCCCAGUGGCAGAAGUGCCGCCUCCUGCUCAGGAAAGCUGUGAAGGUGGAAGGGGAGAGGUUCCUCCUGGAGUUUUAUGUCCCUCCCAAGGCUUCCAAGCCCAAGGUGAGCAUCCCACUGUCAGCCAUCAUCGAGGUCCGCACCACCAUGCCCUUGGAGAUGCCUGACAAGGACAACACCUUUGUCCUGAAGGUGGAGAAUGGAGCUGAGUACAUCCUGGAGACCAUUGACUCCCUGCAGAAACACUCCUGGGUGGCUGAUAUCCAGGACUGCAUCGACCCUGGGGACAGCGGGGAUGACAUCGAGCUGGCAUCCUGUGCACAGGGAGCCUGCCUGCCAGGCAGAGUGUCCUCCUGCAGCUGCGAGUUCCUGGCUGAUGAUGUGCCCAGGCCACCAGACAGAUGUCCCCUACCCAGCGCUCACAACCCCACCACAGCCACCACCAUCCCUGCACCCCACGGCCGGGGCAGGGACUCCCUGGGGGAACUCCUCACCCACGUCCCACUGGAAAGCUUCCUGCAGACCCUGGAAUCCUCCCCUGGCACAGGAGGACAUCUCACAGGGGAGGACAGCGAGGCAGAGGCAGAGAUCAACCUCUCCAACUUCCCCUGGUUCCAUGGGACUCUCUCCCGGAUCAAGGCAGCUCAGUUGGUGCUUUUGGGGGGUGCCCGGAGCCACGGUUUGUUCGUCAUCCGGCAGAGUGAAACGCGGCCAGGGGAGUACGUCCUGACCUUCAAUUUCCAGGGGAAAGCAAAGCACCUCCGCCUGUCACUGAAUGAGAGUGGGCAGUGCCAUGUGCAGCACCUCUGGUUCCAGACCAUCUUUGACAUGCUGCGCCACUUCCACACCCAUCCCAUCCCUCUGGAAUCAGGCGGAGCGGCCGACAUCACCCUCCGGAGCUACGUGGUGGCCCAGAGCCCUCUGCCUGACACCGUCCCCCCACCACCCCUACUGCCACAGCCGCCGGGCUGCCGGGUCGACCUGCCACCCCCCCACUACUUCUGCAGCACAGCACCUGCCGGCCCUCCAGCCCCCCCACCCACUGAGGGGGUGUCCGUGGCCCCCAGUGUCACCAUCCCCGCUCCCUACCACCGUUUGGAGGGUGCCCUGGGCCCCCGGAACCGCAGCGACAGCACCGAGCGCCGGCCGGAGCCUCCCAGCACCAGUGCCGAGGAUUACCAUGACGCUGACGGUGCCCGGAGCAGGACCCGGGCUGUGGAAAACCAAUAUUCCUUCUACUGAACCACCCCGUGCCCAGGGGCUGGAUGGCAAAAGGGAAAAAGGAGCAUCCGUGCCCCUCCUCACUGCUGCACCAGCCUCGCCACCUCCUUCUGCCACCACCAGCAAUCCAGCCGGGAUGUCCUUGCUCCCUGCCGCUUCCAGGAGCUGUGUGAGUGGUGGGUGAUGUCCUGUCUGGACCUGGCAUCGACCCUUGAAGUCAGGGCAGCACUUGAGGGUUUGGGAGGCUGAAAGCCUCAGUGCCAUUACAGAGCUUGCAGCCUCUUCCCCUUCCUUCUGGACCAAGAGCCAAGUGCCAAGGUUGAGCCGGGUUCCCUGCAUCUCCUCCAGGAGAGGUGGCCCUGCUGGGAUGGCACCACCAAGCUCCAAACCCAGGCACCUCAGCAUGUUUCCCUCUGGGAUGAGAGCCCAGCAUGGGCAGCAUCCCUUCUGGUACCAGCAUCUUGCAAACCAGCUGCCCAAGGGUUCUGGUGUUUCAGGAUGCCCGUGGGAAGUGUCAGACUCCCAAGUGGAAGCUGUUCUCGCACACGUGGAUCUGUGCUCCUGAGGUGGCUGGGAGGCUUUAUCCAGCUUGGCAUUCAGGCUUCCUCUGGGACAUGUGUUUCCCAUCCUCUGCCAGGAGAAGUUUUUAAUUAAUUGCAUUUGAGGAAGAUUUUUUUUUUUCUCCCUGCUCUCCUGCCAUUUCUGUUCUUUUGUCCUUUCCCUGCUGUACCUCCAGGAGAAUCCCUGGAGAACCCCUUUACUUCCUCCCUCUCUUCCUCAGUUUUUCAAACCCGAAGCUUUCUGCAAGGCCAUCAGCUCAGCCUUCUGCCUUUUCUCUACCACAGCCAAGUAAUGUUUUCCACUGCUCAAGGCAAACCUUGAAAAAAAAUGGCAACAGCCCUGCUUUGCAUCACUUGUUAGUGCUUCAGGAUGUCUCAGGGGGGGUCAGACAAGAGGUAGAAGGCUGCAGGUGCUCAAAUGGGCUCCUGGGAAUGAAAACAUUAGAUAUCUUGGUAGAUGCUCUUGAAGGCUAUUUUUUUGUUGUUGUUGUUUCUUGGAGAAACAGGCCCAGGAAGAAUGAAAGGGAUGAGGAGGUGGGAGAGCCUCUGAACAGGCAGCUUUGCUUGCAGACAGCUGUGACAGUAGCAUGUCCUUCUUGGUUUGCCUCAUACAGCCUGUGUGCCCAUCACUGGGACUCUUGGCUCCUCAAGUGGUGGCCAGGUUUGGGUGACAGAGCUAGCAGAACCUGAGCAAGGUAGAUCUGAAGCAUCUGGAUGGGUCUCCAGAUAGAGAAGACCCAGCUGGAAGUUACCACAGUGCAAAGAGAGGUGUGAGCCAAGUCACAACCUAACUGAAACCCCUUGAAUUAGCCUGGUGGGUGGGCUUGGAUUGAGUCAGAUUAUUGUUAUUAUUAUUAUUUUAGGUGCCUUCUUUCCUGAGCUAGCAAAGCAUGUCCCCAGCUCUGGGGUCACUUGUCUCAUCCCCCUCAGGAGGGCAGGGAUGUUGUCCCGGAGGCUCUUUGCCUCUUCCCAUGAUGGGACAGCAGCCUUGCUGGCUGAUGGGUGGAUCCCAUUCCUCUGCCAAAUGCCACCUUCUCCCCAGAUGUGGCCUUUCAGAGGGUAGCAAGGACCCUUUUUCUGGAUGGGGUCUUUCUCCUUCCUCAGCACAGCUAAAACCCAGCCCAGAGGAGCCUGUGCAGCAGGCAGAGAUGCUCUUGGUUGAUGGGUUUAAUACAGACCCUGCUUCCUCUGUGCACAUGGUGAGUGAGGAGGGACCUCAGGAUGUGGCACAGACAUUGCCACUCUUGUUUGCCACCAGUGUCCCAGUGGGCCAGGUGGUUGAGGGUGGGAGCACUGCCUUACAGACCUUCAGAGUUUGGCUGAUUGUUCACUUUCUGUGUCACAGGAUAGGGAAGAGGAGGGGGAAGCAAUGAUCUGCAAGCAAAAAUGUUAAUUUGUAAAUAGGGGAGAGUCUGGAAGAGUUUACUGUUCUGUAGAAUAAAUUAAUUUUAUUUAAAAAAAAAAGGGGGGGACUUGUUAAACAAAUGGAAAACUCGAGUUCCAGUUUUAAAAUAAAACCACUUGCAAAAAGGACAG